GAGGUUUUUCUUUUCGAGUAGGACGAUGAAACUCCUAACGCACAACAUGCUUUCUUCGAAGUGUUUGAAAGGUGUCGUCACAGGAUAUCCUUUGACAAUAAUUGCAAAGGAUGUCAAAGUUUCAGAGGUAGACUUCAAUCAAGAAUUUGUUUCUCGAGUAUUACCUAAAUUAGAUUGGAAUGUCCUGUGGAAAGCAGCAGAAAGGUUGGGACAUGUUGGAGAGUUACCACAAACGUUAAUUGAAAAUUAUGAAAAUGACCCAGAAUUUUUAAAGAAAGUUCAUCAUGUCUUACUAGAGGUUGAAGUUAUAAAUGGAGAACUUGUCUGUCCUGAAACUGGUCGCAAAUUUCCAAUCACGUCCGGAAUUCCUAAUAUGCUAUUGAAUGACGAUGAGGUUUAAUAUGUAUUAAUCUUGAGAGUGACAAUCUACAACUAGUCAAGGGAAGAAAAGAGAAUUGGCAAAAUCACUGAAAUGGUCUAGAUACAAUUACCCAAGGUUUAUUUUUGUAAUUGACUACUUAUUUAACUAAGAAAGUUGCAUUGGUUUUUAGAGACUGUGAGGAAUCACACUAGAUGUCUCAUUCAACAAGAGGAACAUGCUAAACUAUGACCUUACAUUUAAAUAAAUUUUUUAAUUUCACAUAUUGAUGGUAAAACUCCCAAACCAUGUAUCUCCUUUGCGGUGUUUAAAAAUCUCCGCUCCAGUUUCAUUUUUUUAAAAGAGAACCAACCAACCUUAUUCCUUGAAGUUUGCUCAGAAAUUGCUUCGCACAGAGAAGGAAAAUCAUUAAAAUUCUCAAGACUUGAUGUUGAGCGGUUCUUUAUUAAAAAAAUCAAGUAUGACAGAAGGUCUACGACGUAGCAAACUGAGAUAUGUGGUCUGGCAGUUUCACCAUCAGUAUGUAAUUCCUUGUUUUCCCCAUCAAUAUGUGAUUCCUCGUUGUCCCCGUUGUUUUUUAAAAAGAAGAUGAAAGACUCAAAAAACUCGAAGUAAGCCUAUUAUCUUGUAUUAACAGUGAAACUGCAGGAACAAGUAUCCCAAUAUGCAAUGUUGUAAACUACCUGUUACACUUUAUUUUUUAAAUGAAAAAGUACCUAACGACAUUCCUUGAAAACUUCUUUGAUUCUUCUCACUCUGGAGGAUACUCAAUGGAAAUUUCAAGCAAUGAUGUUAAUUUGUUCUCCUUUGAUAAAAUAAAAUGGGAGCAAAGAUUUUGAAACACCACUAACGAGAUACGCAUUCCUGCAGUCUCAUCGUUGAUAUUCAGCUUUGUCUCCCUGGCUGUGGAAAGCGGGUGAGGCUUUAUCUCUUAUGAGGCAUAACUCAUGAACAGUGCUAUAAAAUAGAUUAAUACAAAAUGAAACCAGGAAAACGCGUAUCUCAGUGAGUGAGGAUGUUAACCUCCUGCUAGUAAAAUGCAGGGAAACCAAUUAUUCCUAACUCAUGAAAUUUUUUGAAUUGUUCUUUCAAAAUUUAAUGCAAACUUUUUUUUAUUAACUACUCUCCUUAUGAGAAAUGAAGUCAGAAU